AUAUUAAUAUUAGUAAAAACAAUAAGAGGAAGCAUAUUUGAAUUUAUGACUCGUGGCAUGCAAGGAUUUACAAUAUUUUCCAAGAGAACUUAAAAUGAUGAACACUAGUUAACAUUAAUAAUCUACAAGUUGCAUAUAUUGAAAAAUUAGCAAUCAUGCUCCAAAACAAUAACAAUAGGUGCUCCUAUCUCGCUUUUAAGACUUGGUUAAAAACAGCUUUCAGUUACAUGCAAUAUCUCAUAAGGAUAAUCUAAGCAAGAAAGGAUUAUAUAAAAAUAACAUCUUUAUGCCUUUUUAAGUGUAUUAAAGCUAUAACUGUGAAUCUGAUAAUGUAUCAAGUAAACUUCUUCAAAACCUCAUAGCAUUACAUGGUAAAACUAAGAUCAGAAGCAUCAGCGAAAUUUAUGAUGCAUACUAUAUCCAUAGAAGGACAAGUCACAUACUCACACACACCUUCAUUUUAGCCCUAAUAGACGCGUACUAUGCUCAUAUAAGCACAUAUAGUCACACACACUCACACAUCCUCGUGCGCACAUGCAUGCAUGUGCACAUCCACACACACACAUUCCUCACACACAUGCACACGUAAGCAUGCACACACUUAUUUAUGUUGUCAGUUGUGGGUUAUACGUUCAUGUUAACUAUUCAUGAAAAGAUAAUUAAAGCAAAUAAAAAUAUUCUUUAUGGAGAGGGUGUGCUUGUCUCUUAGUGCGCAUCCAUGUGUUUCUGGACUUAAACCUACUAAAUGUUCCUAGAUGUUUAAGCAUUUAUGGUCAUCGUGCGUGUAUGUUAAUAUCAUCUUUAUAAAUGAAUUGUUCUAUCAUGUAUUGCAGCUACCUGAGGAACAUUUAUAAUUGGGUAAAUAACACAAAACCACGCUGAACAUUGGGGGACUUUUUGGGGGGAUUUUGCACAAAAACACCCUAAACUGAACUCUCAACAUGAUACGGAACAAUGCAAACAAAUGCCUGCAAACCUAGCAUCAUCACUGUCGUCCUAAGUGAGUAGUAAACUGAUAUAUCAUAUCAAAGUCCUUAACUAAAAUGUGAAGUACAUUUUAUUAGCAUUUUAGUAGUAGAUAGUGUUUGUUAUAUAAACUAGAAUUAUCAAAUAUAUCGUGUUUCUUCCUUUCAAUUAUAUAUGCCAAACCUCUUCCAAGCAAUUUCUUUUCUUGUUCUUGCACAAUCAGUAAAUAUUGGAUGAACCAGCGAUAGUGCAAAUUUCUGCUGUUCGUCAUUCUUUUUAAGAGUGCAAGAAUUUAACAUUUUUGAGAAUUUUACUUGAAGGUCUGAAACAAAUUUCAAAUGGAAAGACAAGAGGAGGAAAGGAAGGCUGCAAAACUGCACACAACAAGCAUACUUGAUCUGCCAGAAGUGAUAAUUAUGUAUAUAAUAUCACUAUUACCUGUAACAUCAGCAGCGAAAUGUGCCGCUGUAACCAAAAAGUGGCUAGAGCUUUGGAGAUCAAUCCCUGACUGGACUCUAGACUACAAUUUAUUUCCAAAUGUGGAAAACAAGAAUAAGAAGUUUAGGUCUUUUGUUGACAAAGUUGUAUAUAUGCAUCAAGGGCCAGGCAUUAAGUCCAUGAAGAUCCACUACGUUCAACAUGAUCAAUAUGAUCUCAUAAGCCUUCAUCAUACAGAACGGUGGAUCAGACACUUGGUUCAGAAGAACAUUGUUAGACUGGACAUAAAUAUUCAUAAUCAAGCACAACUACCCUUUUCACUGUUUACUUGUGGGACAAUAACAGAACUUAGACUCGGAAUUCUUUUCAAGGAACUACCUCUGAAGGGCGAGGUGUUACUCCCUAACCUAAAAAUAUUAUACCUUGAGCAAAUAAAAUUUUCUUCUCAAAUCCAAUUUGAGAGAUUGAUGAAUGGAUGCCUGGUACUUGAAGAUUUACAUAUGAAGGGGUGUUCCUUCUUUGCUCCCGAUUUCAAUCAUCUUACUUUUUCACAUCCGAACAUAAAGAGCCUAAACCUCGAACGCUGUGGUGGUAUCGGAGCACUGAAGAUCUAUAUAUGGUUGCCGAGCCUUUCAGAAUUCAGAUUCAACGGAGCAGGUUUGGUCGAUCAAGAGGGAGUAAUUGAUCUCUCUUCAGUUAGUACAGCAGUAUUGGACCUUGACGAUAUUCUUUACACAUAUCGAUGUCGUAUGUCAAAUGGAAUCAUGACAAGCUGUGGUUCAAACAUGUCCCGGAUUUUGGCAACAGUUUGCCAUGCCAGAAAGCUAACACUAAGUGAUUGGUGUCUUGAGGUAUGUUUCUUUCUUUUUUGUCCCAUGAACAGUAUAUGUCCCUUGAUUUACUUCAUUUGGGUAGUUCUAUUUAGGAAAACAAUUCAUAAAAGCAUAGUGAUUUUGGCACGUUACCUCAGCUCUUGAUUCAGUUGACUCAAAUUUACAUUAUAUGUUAAGGCUGAGCUAUUUUACAAGCCAUAAAGGCAGAUUCCAUGGUACAUUAAACUUAUGUUUAACCAAAUGGCUCUCUACAACCUACCUGGCUCUUAAAUGUGUGAACGUGGGGGCCCACGAACCACGUGAAUCCAUGUGAAUGGCUAAGGAACGCAGCUUGGAGAAGGGGGACCACCAUGAGUUCGGGAGUUCAGCUAAGAACCAUCAGGUUUUUGCGUGAAGAGGUAAGGAAAUACGGCCCACAACCCGAGAUUUGGCAGCUAUAUAUAUAGCUAUCUUUUCUUAGGUUUUUUUUUGGGCUGAAGUGGGCGCAAGAGCAAAAGGGGGUUUUGGUUUUUGCGGCUGCACGAGAAAGUGUGCAAGGACGGCGUACAGGGGAGAACACAGAAAAGACUUUUGCGACUGUGAGGAAGAGCGACGGCUGCAGCAAAGAAAAAAAAUCAUAGGGCUUCGUGAAGAGAGUUUUGUGCAGUCUCUUGUGCUGAUUUUGAGAGAGGAAUUGAGAGAUUAGAUGGAGGGUUUAUUUGUGAGAUAUUGAGAGGUUGUAAACCUAUUUGUAUUCUCUUUCCUCUAAUUGUAGAUCCC